AUGUACGUUACCAACUUUUGUCUUUCUACAGAUUUCAACUCGGCCAUCAUGACAGCAUCAAGAAAAAUUGGAGUGCUUAUUCUGAUGUUUAGUAUGUCCCUCUUGCUCACCUCUGUACGAGCAAAUAACUGUGAAACCGAGUUGCUACACAGAUGCAUUUCUCGCUAUAGAGAACUUGUAAAGGAAAAACCAAAUAAUGAACAGCAUUGUACACGUGUACAGGUAAGACUGACGAUAUUAAGGAAAAUUUCUGAUCAAGUCUCCAUGAAUGUUAUGUUUAAGGCAAGGCAGUCUUUUUUCCUUUUAUUUCCCUUCAAUUCCACGACGGUUCAUGUCCCGAUCUGGAGAAAGUACGAUAUAUAGGGUAACCUCUCCUUUGGAGACAUUUCUCGGAUAAAUAUCUCAUUUGAGACAGAGUAGUUUUUUUAUCGAAACUAGAACAAUCCGGAACAAUAUUUGCAUGAUAAUUUGAUUUUAAGACAGGCCCUGUUGUCCCAAUGCGAUAUUUCCUUGGGUAUAAAUGCUUGUUCUCAGGGGUUUUCGUCAUUAUUAUAAAUAUUUUUGGUAUAAUCUUCCAAAACUCCUACGAGCCUCUAUAAAAGGAAGGCUUACUUCGUUCCUCGGCUGAGGAUGCCCCCCUCCCCCCCUCCCCCACUCCGGAAGGAAUAUUCACUUUAAAAUGUAAAUUGCACCAUCUCAAUUAAGUAAAGGUAAUAAGAUGAUUUUGGGUACAAUUUGAUGUUAAUAAGCACGAGAAAAUUUUUGCCAAACAGCAAAAGGCACGAGCCCGUCGGAAAAGUGCAAUUUACAAGCGCUUAUUACACCAAACUGCCCGAGAAAUCAUGUUAAUACUUGUUAUUAUUGUGCAUGAAAGAACAUCAUAGAAAGUCAAGACAGACGAAAUUUUAAAAGUGUGCGCACGCUAUUUGUAAUUUGAAGAUGUGUUACAAUUUUGCUUUCGUGUUACAAUUUUUCACUCGUAUUACAUGAGAAUGCAUUCGUUUUUCAUUCGAUUAGAAGCGCGUAAUUUUUCAUAUACAUUAUUACAAUAGAAAAUGAAUUCUUGCGUCGUAGGAUCUAAAAGAGUUAUUUUCUAAUUAAACCGAAGGGGGUGGUCGAUUGCUUUGCUGAAAAUCCUUCUUGCCAAGGACAAUCAAUAAACCGAUUUCGUUUGUGGAUUCUGCAAGAGGCAAUGCUAGAAGUAAAACUGAAGGUUUGUCCAAGGGUUAACCACGAAGGCCUUAAGGAUACCAGUGAGAAGACAGGUGAAAUAGAAUAGAUGUUGUCUUCGGCUAAUCUCGAUUUGGAUGAUGUCGCUUCGAGUUGUUCCAUUUUGCUAGAUGUGCACUUUAGUUUAAAAAGGGUAACAUUUUUAUAAUAUCUAGACACAGUGCCUUUGCAUUCAUGCUUCAAACCAUCAUUAUAUUAUUUUAUCUGAAUCCAGCCAUCCGAGUCCAAAUUGCAAUUUAAGAUCAAUGACAAAACAUGGCCUUUACGCAAACUCUAUUUCUGCCACAGGUGCUGCCGCGGGAUACAUGUUGGUGGAAAACUUAGGUAAGAGAACUUCUCUUUGGUCAGUUUUUUCUUAACGUAAUUCCUCGCCCCAACGAAAAAGAAGGAGUACCUAAAGUUCCAAAUUUCACUGCUAGCUCAAGUUUGUUUCUGGUUUUUAUUUUUUUUUUUCUUAAUUUGGCAAGGAAUGUUUAUAAUGAUGGUGUGUCCGACAUUUCAGAAAUUCAUGUUGCUAUUCUUAGCAUGGGAUAUAAGGCCUCUGGACGAAUUUGAACCAGAAAAUUCUGUAAAAUGCUAAUUAAGUCAUCUGUGCUCUUGUUGCAAACUAAAUGGAAUAAAUGAAACCGAUGUAAACUUCUAUGAAUCACUUUUAAAGCAGGGUGCUAAUUGUUCAUGCUGCGUUGCUGUUCUCGGUUUUUCAGAUCAAGACGAUUUUUUCAACUCUUGUGCUGUUCAAGUUCAUAGGACGUGUAGCAAAAAAUUUCUAGAUUUGAUGAAGGAAAACCAACGUAUUUGUGGAGAUUCAGUCGAGUGGUUUGCAUGCUACAAGACUAAGGCCAUUGAAAUAAACUGUAACUCCCCCAUUAUAAAACAAUAUUCAAACUUUGUCGAGAAGGUUGGAAUUCAACUCGUCAGUGAUGCACUGUUUGCCAACUCAUGUAACGCCGAGCUGUAG